AAAAAAUUAAAAUAUCUCCGAUUCUGGAACGACUCAUCGUCUCGCUGGGCGAGUGCGGCAGUUUACUGUAGCGCGGCAAUGAGUCUUCAUGUUCAGCUAUCAGGGCUCUGCCUGCCCACCACUCGUGCAAUCCCGACGCGCCAUUUUUACUGCCGGAGCGGACCAUCCCCGGCAUCUCUUACGCCUUCAGCUUCUGCUUCUUUGCCGCACUCCACAAUCCAGAUUGUUGGUGGUAGAACAUCAAAUUUCCUUGGAGAUUUGGGCACCAAAGGUGCGCCUAACAGCGACGUAGUUGAGAAAGAUUGGGUUGAUUUUGAAGCUGAUUUGUAUUACUGGACAAAUCCAUUGCGUCCCGUUCAGUGGUAUCCUGGCCAUAUAGCAAAAACAGAAAAAGAGCUGAAGGAUCAACUUAGGUUAAUGGAUGUUGUGAUAGAGGUUCGAGAUGCUAGAAUACCCAUGUCUACAAGUCACCCACAGAUGGAUGCAUGGGUUGGCAAUAGGAGAAGAAUAUUGGUAUUGAACAGAGAAGAUAUGAUAUCUUCAGCGGACCGGAAUGCUUGGGCAGAUUAUUUUACGAGACAGGGAAUAAAAGUAGUAUUUUCAAAUGGGAAACUCGGAAUGGGCGCAAUGAAGCUAGGGCGGUUGGCCAAGACAUUAGCAGCAGAUGUCAAUGUCAAACGUAGAGCUAAAGGACUACUUCCUCGCGCGGUUCGUGCUGGAAUAGUUGGAUAUCCCAAUGUUGGAAAAUCAUCUCUGAUCAACCGCUUGCUGAAACGACGAAUGUGUCCAGCAGCUCCAAGACCGGGUGUCACCCGAGAAUUGAGGUGGGUUCGUUUUGGCAAAGAUCUUGAGUUGCUUGAUUCUCCUGGUAUUAUUCCAAUGCGGAUUAGCGACCAGACAGCCGCAAUAAAGCUUGCUAUAUGCGAUGACAUUGGAGAGAAGUCCUACAAUGCUGCUGAUGUUGCUGCCAUACUUGUACAGAUUCUGACCAAGCUUCCGUCAGUAGGUAUAGAAUUACUUCAAAAGCGAUAUAAAGUCGAUGCAGACGGUCAAUGUGGUCACAUAUUUGUUCAAAAGUUAGCACUUCAAUUGUUCAACGGGGACAGUCAUCAAGCUGCUUUCCGCAUCUUAUCAGAUUUUCGCAAAGGAAAGUUUGGUUGGAUUGCUUUGGAGAGGCCUCCUAGAUAAUGCUGUUGGAUGAUGCUUUGCUUCAAGGUCAGAAUUUCAGCUUCUCACUCAUACAAUUCAUAUAAAUGAUUAAAACCACCUGGCGUAGAAUUAUUAGAAACUUUCAACUGAUGGAAAAAGAUUCAUGAUGUCUAUAUUGCUUUUCGACUUGCGAUGUCGUGGGAAGCACAAAAUUGGAGUCCAUCAUGAAUGGCAAGGAGUCUGAUUAACUUGUGAAGCAAUGUAUUAUAUGUUCUUAUAUUACUCGUGUAAUUAAAACGAUCUUUUUGGUUAACUGACAUUUGUAUCCCUAAUGAAAUUCAUAAUACUUUACUUCAAAUAUCUUUAUCAGGCUGGUCCUAAGUUUUUGCA